AUGGCGGAUAAGGACGACCUAAUCAUAUGCCUUCUACUGGUGGACCAGAUUCGUUUUCUCACCAAAGUGACUCUUUUCCAGUCCCAGGAAGCCAAUUAUCUUUCCUGUCACCUCAAAGAACCACCUCCUGGAUUCACUCUACCUGAUGCAUCACCUGUUGUGAAGCCACCUCCUGGAUUCACUCUACCUGAUGCACCACCUGUUGUGAAGCCACCACCAGGUUUUACUGUACCUCCUGCCACCUCAGCUGCAGUGAGACCACCACCAGGGUUUCAUCUACCUGCCACUUCACCUGCAGUGAAGCCACCACCAGGUUUUACGGUACCUCCUGCCACCUCAGCUGCCGUGAGACCACCACCUGGAUUUGAUCUUCCUGCCACUUCACCUGCAGUGAAGCCACCUCCUGGGUUUGAUCUGCCUGCCUCCUCAGCUGUAGUGAAGCCACCACCAGGUUUUACUGUACCUCCUGCCACCUCAGCUGCAGUGAAGCCACCACCAGGUUUUACUGUACCUCCUGCCACCUCAGCUGCAGUGAAGCCACCUCCUGGGUUCCUACUUCCAGAUGCACCCGCUGUAGUGAAGCCACCUCCUGGUUUUACUCUACCUGAUGCAUGCUCUGCAGUCAAACCCCCACCAGGGUUCCCUUUGCCUGUAACAUCACCUGCAGUACGACCACCUCCUGGGUUUGCUCUGCUCAACCCUUCACCUGCAGUGAAACCACUUCCUGGUUUUACUGUAACGGAUGCAUUGCCUGUGGUAAAGCCACCUCCUUGGUUUGUGCUUGAUAACUUACCUGCAGUGAAGCCUCCCCCUGGCUUUGCUCUGCCAGUUGCAUCAACUGUUGCACGGCCACCUCCAGGGCUUGCUCUUUCCAACGACUCAGCCGCAGUGAAGCCUCCUCUUGGGUUUGCCUUACCCAUUGCCUUAACUGCAGUCCGACCGCCCCCUGGGUUUGCCUUACCCAAUGCCUCAGCUGCAGCCCGAGCAGUGAAGCCUCCUCUUGGGUUUGCCUUACCCAAUGCCUCAGCUGCAGUCCGAGCAGUGAAGACUCCUACUGGGUUUGCCUUACCCAAUGCCUCAGCUGCAGUCCAAGCAGUGAAGACUCCUACUGGGUUUGCCUUACCCAAUGCCUCAGCUGCAGUCCGAGCAGUGAAGCCUCCUCCUGGGUUUGCCUUACCCAAUGCCUCAGCUGCAGUCCGAGCAGUGAAGCCUCCUCCUGGGUUUGCCUUACCCAAUGCCUCAGCUGCAGUCCGAGCAGUGAAGCCUCCUUCUGAGCUCCUGGUUGCAGACGUCUCACCUGCAGCAUAGCCCCCGUCUGCGUUUCUCCUUUCUGAGUGCAUGAGACCUGAAUUGUGUCCAGAAGUUCCAGAUUGGGAGAUGGAGGAUGAGGCUCAAAACAUUGAGAAGAAUCAUCAUGUGUGUGCACAAGACAAAGCAAUGACAGUAACAUCCAAUGACUCAAAAGAUGUCCAGAAUCAUGCAGCACUGCCAUCUGAGAGAGUCAAGUCCACCAAGAAGAAGGGACUGAAGGCCUUUCUGCAGAAGAUAAGGAAGGUGUUGAGAUUUCGGGCAUCCUCCAGUGACUCAGAGGGAGGCGCGCUGAGGCUCUCUAGAAGUCAC